CAUAUGAUAUGGCAAACCAAACCAUCCUUCAUAUGAAUCAAGGUGAAGGAGAGAACAGUUAUGCCCAGAAUUCAAGUCUUCAGAUGAAAGUGAUGAUUAAUGUGCUGCCCACUAUUAAGGAAAUAGUUAAAGACAUGUUUCUCAAUCACUUGACAACGUUUGAGAAGUUAGAUUGUUUUAAGGUUGCGGACCUUGGAUGUGCUUCAGGACCCAACACUCUUUUGUUCGUAUCAGAAAUGAUUGACAUCGUCCACGAGUUGUGCAAACAAAACAAUAUGGAAUCUCCCGAGAUAUUGAUCAUGUUGAACGACCUGCACAACAAUGACUUUAACAAUAUCUUUACCGCACUACCAUUAUUAUACCAGCAGUUAAAUGAGAAACAUGGAUAUGAAUUCGGUCAAAGGUAUUUCGUCUAUGGAGUGCCAGGAUCUUUCUAUGGAAGGUUAUUCCCGAAUAAAAGUUUACACUUUGUACACUCCUCUAAUAGUCUGCAUUGGCUUUCUCAGGUCCCUCAAAAUCUAGACAACAAAGGGCAUAUCUACAUGACAAAAGAAUGUGCUCCUAAUGUGUAUAAAGCUUACAAAAAUCAAUUUUACAAGGAUUUUUUCUCUUUUCUUAACAAGAGAUCGCAUGAAAUAUUGCCGACGGGUAGAAUGAUCCUUACAUUCAUGGGAAGGAGCAUUCCAGACCCGUCAAGUAACGAUUGUUGUUGUCUUUGGGAACUAUUAGCCCAAUCACUUUAUUCAUUGUUAAAGGGGUUCAUUAAACAAGAAGAAGUUGAUUCAUUCAAUAUACCUAUAUAUACUCCAUAUAAAGACGAGGUGAAGGAAAUUAUUAUUGAAGAGAAGUCUUUUGUUCUUGAAAAGUUUGAGAUUUUCAAAUGUAAUUGGGAUUACGACAAUGAAGAGGAUGAUUCCAUCAACAAGCUCGACAACACACAGAGUGGAAUAAAUGUAGCAAAAUGCGUUAGAUCAGCUACCGAGUCUAUUUUGGUAUGCCAUUUUGGAGAGUUUUUCUUGAAUAAUGUAUUCAAGAGAUACGCAGAACGCGUAGCUAAUCAUCUUGAAACAAAGAAAACAAAAAUCAUCAAUUUU